AUGUCUUCACUUAUGGCUGGACUAAAUGCUGAUAGAUGGGAAGUCUCAAAUUUAAAAAGUCAGUUUUUGAAGUUAAAAAGAGGAAAAUCAUUAGUAAAAUCGCUCUUUGAAGUUUAUAGGCAACUUUACUUUAAAAAAGGUUUUGCUGAUAAAUCAGCAUAUAAGCAAAAAGUCAAAGCUAUAUUUGAAGCCGCAAUUUGAUGCUUCCAACUAGUAGCUUUAGUUUGAAUCCCAAAUCUGCCAAUUAAAAAUUGGAGUGGGAAUAUUUUUAUUUGGGAAAUUAUAGGAUACUUAAGACUUGACAAUACUUGCGCAGAAUUUGGAAUUCUUGGCGAAUGCCUUUAUUUAGCAGUGUUUAUUGCUAUCUUCAAUUUUUUAGGUAUUUUUCUCUUAGCUUAUUGUAUAUAUAAUUCCUUUGAAAUCCCUACAUAUGCAUUAAUCAUAUUUAAAAGAACCUUUUAUUUAUGAGUGACGAUGCUAUUUAUACCGUCACUUACAUUAUUUUCCAUCUUCGAGAAGUACAAUUUUUCACCUCAUAAUACAGUUUUAGAAUACCGUUCUAACAAUAGUUUUAAAAACUUUGAAAUUAAUUCAGCAUUCCAAGUCGCUAUUGUUUUUGUGAUGAUUAUUUCUUUUUUUUUACUUUUGUCUUAUACUGAAUUUUCUGGUGAAAUUCGACAUUUUGCAAGUAGCAGAACUAUAAAAGCAAAAGCACAUUCAAGAAUUGAUAAUCAUGCUGCAAUUUUUAUGUAUUUUUUGCCUAUUAUUUAUGCAAUGCUUGCAGAAAAUCAUAUCAUUUUUUAUCAAAUUUUGAUAAUGCUUGCUUCAUUAGCACUUAUGAUAGAAAGUAUGAAAUUUCUUCCUUAUUUUUCAAUUUUUUACAAUUCUAUAGUGAUCCUCAGAUUUUUUAUUAUUGCUUUAAUAUCCUUUAUUUUUCUGCUAGGAUAUUGAAUUGAUAACUCUUUAUCUAUCAUCUUAUUCGCGAUAGUUCUCCUUCCUAUAUUGUCCAUAUACUUUAUUUAUUUUAUAGUGAAACGACAACAAGGAGCAAGUAUUAGCUUACCUAAUAAUUUGAUAGGAAUUGACACUCAAUACAAAUUAGAAAAAGUUCUUAGGCAGGCUUUAUGUGAAAAUGAUACUAAAAAUAAAAAUCAAAUUAUUGAAAUCUUUGAAUUAUUUUUUAUGACUCUAAACAGAAGCAUAUACAUACAUAUUAACUUAGGUAUUUAAAGUGUUUGCCCUCCUCAGCAGGGUGAUAUAGGCAUAGCCCACUCUUUUAACUCCAGACUACUAGUGACGUCACCAGCCAUCUUGUCUCGCAAGCAUUCCAGGAGACGCUCCCGUCUGGCCAGAAGGUACCGCACUGGUCGCGCUGACCUCGCUCGUAACUUGACUCCUGCACGUGUUCCGCCUAAGGGUCACCCUCCUCGGGUGUGUCAAUCAGAAAAACCAUAUGUCCCUUAAAUAUCCUGGACCAAGAGGAAAUACCCUAUGCGAUGCUCCAUAUUGGUGUUGCGGAUAUAAGCCCACGUGGAAAACUAACCCCAUAAUAAUAAAAGCGAAAGAAGGAAGAGUUCUCGGAGAGAAGUAAUUCCGCACUGAGCCAUUUUAUUAUUAUGACUCUAAACAGAAGCAAACUACAAGUUGUAUGAGAAACAAAUUAUUUUUUAUAUUCAUUAAAAGAUGAGUCUUUAGCCAGGGUAAAGUUGAGCAAAAUUAAAACAGUUUUAGAUUGAAACUGAGAAGCAAGCUAUCAAGCUUAUUUGUGUCAAAAAAAUAUUGAAGAUUCUUAUAUGAGUGAAAGCUCAACAUUUUUAAGUUUUUUUCAGCAAUUAAACUGGAUUAAAAGAAAAGAUAGAAAAUUAUGUAAAAAUUUACUUAAAUUUUGAAAAGAGGUUACAUCAAAAAAGCCCAUUUUAAAAAGUCUAAUAACGAAGCUGAAAGCUAUUGACGAUAGAAUUCUUUUCCUUAACAAUGAGUAUAGUCAGAUAAUAACGAAAUUCUCUAAUUCUAGAGAAUCUUUAGCACUUUAUGCAUCUUACACAAGAAAUAUCUUGUAUGAUAUUGAAAAAGCAAUUAUGCUUGAUAAUAAAUUAAGAUAUUUUGAUCGAAUUGCCCAAAGCUCUACAAUAGAUACCAAGCAGCUUAGUUUUUUUGAUGAUAAAAAUGGAGUUCUAAUUUUUUCAAAUGAAGAAGAAAAUUUUGGAGAAAUUCUUUUUAGUAACCCAGCAGCCUCUAAAAUUUUAAAAACUCCUUCGAAUUCGAUUGUUGGCAAUAACAUAUCUAAUUUUAUUCCUCCUUAUUAUAGAAAAAUAUUUAUUGAUGAAACUCAAUGGUUUACACAUUUUGGAUCAAAUUCAGAGAUUAAUCUAGAUGAUGGAUUUUUUAUAUACCUCCCUACAAAUUUUAUAUUGGAAUGCACAGGAAAAGCAUCAAUCACUGCAUUUAAUAAUUGUAUUAUAACAGCAAUCGCUUUUAAAGUUAAGCAGACAAGGCGCUAUAUUGCAUUAAUAUCAGAAAAUUGAGACAUUUUAUGCCACUCUGAAGAUUUUUCGAAAUUCUCUGUAAAUAAUCAAAGCAACUUAGCAGGAUUUGCUUUAAGCAAUAUCCUCAAUAUAGAAAUUGCUAAUUUAAAUCCAUUUGUGCCAUACAAUUUAGCUGGUCUCGAAAAAAAUAUUAUACUUUUAUUGGCAUAUUUUGAGUUUCAUAAAAUUAAAAUACCAUAUAUUUUGCUAACAGAUGACUUACUCCCCCCCCCUUCCGUGAGUGAACAAAACCAUUAGAAAAAUCCCAAUUUGUUCCCCAAAAACCCACCCUCCGUGAGUGAACAAAAAUUUUUUUAAUAGAAAAAUUUUUUAUGGAAAAAAUUUUUGAUAUAUAAGUGAUAAUUAUUAUAAUGAAAUCUAAAGCUAAUUCUGUUUAAUUUUAAACAAUUCGCUUUUUAAAUCAUAAAUUUUAUAAAUUAAAUUAAUAUUUGCUUUCCAAUUUUUGCGAAUUAGGAUUUUUUUAAAUUUCGAAAACACAUAUUUUUUAUAAAAAUUUAUAUACAAAUAUUUUUAAAAAAAAAAAAAUUAUCCCUCCGUGAGUGAACAAAAUUUUUUUGUUCACUCACGGAGGGGGGGAGUUAGAAGAAAUAGAAAAAUGAAAAGAUAAAGGAUUAAAUGAAAAUUAUAGCGAUAAUAAUUAUUCUAACCUAAGCGACAUCAAAGAAAAGACAAUUGAAAAUUUAGAGAUUCCAUUGAAGUUACCAACUGCUUCAGCUGUACAAGAAAGCAAGGAAAAUAAUUAUGAUUCCGAUUUUAAGCUUACUAUCAAUAAAGCUGAUGAUAACUUAGAUAUCAGUAGCAAUCUCUCUUCAGAAAAAAUGGACGAAAAAUCUCUUUUAUCCCAGCACACUUCCUUAAAAAGAUUUAUAAAUAUUACAAAAAUAUUUUCAAGGGCCCUAAAUAUUUUACACCUCAUUUUUGUUUUAUCCGUAAAUUUCAUAUAGAUCUUGAUUGUUAUUGCAACCAAUAUUGCAGUCUUAUUUUAUGCCUUUUCCAGCAUUAGCUUAGUCAGUGAUAACACAAAUAAAAUUGCGACGACACCGACCCGUCCUCUCCCGCAACUGGGCGAGAUUGGGGACCUUGCUACAGCCUGAAGCCAAUCCGCCCAGGGAAAUGUCUGGAAUGGGUACUGGUAGUUUGUGUCCGGCUCCCAGUCCAGCAACGACGAUCCUAGGGUCGUCCCGAUAGGACACGGAGUAAAAAGGGUUUAUCCUCUACGCUAGUGCCAAUUUGGAGGGCAUGGCAGGAGCCUACAAGAGCUAAGGAGUUAAUCCUUAGCUCUAAUCCUAGUCUGGCGACGUGAAGCACGGUGACCCAGUCCGCCUACUUCCGGGAUAGCAUGACCAAGCCCUAUGACCGGAAGGAGCUGAGUGGUAGCCUGUGGCACUUAGGUGCACACUGGGAGCAGGGCAAGGAAAGCAAGCGAGGCGUCCAAAAGGCGGAAGAAAAGGACCGUCGGUCCUGGCCGGGAGCUACUCUAUAAAUUUAACUAAGACUAAGACUAAGACUAAGCUUAGUCAGUGAUAUUAGUAUUUCUUUGACUAUUGGAAAUCUUGGUAAAAACUUGCAGUAUGCUGCUUAUCUUGCAAAAAGUGUUUUAGUGCUUUGUUAUGGCGGAGCUGAUAUGAGACAAUACGCUUUGAGCACUAUGGUAGGAUUUGGAAACACGCUGAUAGAAUUGGAAAAUAUUCAUUCGUAUGUUACUUCAAAUUUAACAAAUUGAGACUCAUGCUCAGGCCGAGAUUAUUUUACUGAUCAAAAUAUUGACUUAUGAAAUGUAAAAUAUAGCGUUUAUAGGGUUAAAGGUUAACUUAUUAUUAAAAAGCACCUGUGGGCUCAAUUCGCCUGCCAUCGCCCUCUAGGGGUAAACAUCUCGUCGUCUGAGGCUCACGUUGAACGGCGAGUGAAUAAGUUGGCCACCGUGAGCGUUUAUAGGGAAAAAACAAAUUUAUUGGACGCAUUAACUAAAUUUAUUCAUACUGUAAAAGUUAUAUAG